AUGAAACUGUGCUCGGAGUGGGGUGUGGGUGUGGACGCAGGAGUGGGCGCGUGUGGGCGUGGGCGCGGAGGCGCGUGCGUGACGCGGCACAGCUCGCUGGGCUCGCUGCCGCGGUGCUGCACGCGCACGCUGCCCAAGCCCGCCAGGCAGCCCUUCAGCGUGUUCAGGAAAAGACUUAAAAGCGACUCGCGGAUAGCAAGCUCACCGAAAUCGGAAACCGCAAAAGAAAUCAAGGAUGUGGAAACGAAGAAGAAGAAAUUCGAGUUCCCGCCGACACGGGACUUGUUUAAAAGCUUUAAAGUGAGCAGGAAGAUGAAGAAUCUCAAAAUAACCUCAGGACUCGCCAAGGGCGAGACGAAGAGCUGCGAGUUCUUAGAUGAGACCCAACACGUCACUACGAACAGCAGGUGCUCCAAGUCAGUGGAGUGUUUGGAGGGGAAUGACGAAUUCUUGGACGAGUUUGACGGAGACAUUUCUUUGAAAAUCAAUGACGAAGGAUUAGCAGCUUUAGCUCUACCACAAGAAAUAGUCGACUUAAUACUCCGUGGACGGGAUCAGUUCAGCAAGAUAAGAUUAAAAGACACGGAGGUGGAGAGUGAAUACAUGCCAAUGUCGCCAAUAGUCCCGCCGCCGCCCAUAGAGCAUCACUACAUAGUGAUGUCGCCGAGGACGAAUCUUGCUUGA